AUGAUGUAUCAUAAUAAUGGCUAUAGUAUUACAUUUCACUUUGUUCCGUUAAAUUCUAUCUUACGGUUUCUGGUACUUUUGUCAAUAUUAAAGUGUCUAACAAUAGUUUAUUGUGAACAAAAUUAUUGUUCUAAUUCAUUAAGUUCAGAUGCCGUGGAAAAGGCAGCAAGCAAUUAUAUGAGCAAUGGAUUAUGUUCAGAUGACUGUAGCGGUUAUGAUUAUGCUAUUGUACAAGACACGAAUUGUUGGUGUUCUAAUGAAGAACCUUCAACCUCAUUCGGUGUUGAUGAAUGCAGUCAAAAUUGCCCUGGUUAUCCCUAUGAAAAUUGUGGAAAUAGCAAUUCGGGGUUGUAUGGAUAUAUUUAUUUAGGAGAGUCGACUGCCACUAAUGAUGGUGAUGGUGUUACUAUUGCUACGGAUGCUGUGAGCAGUACUGAUACUGCAACUACUGAUAAUGUUAUUAGUUCAAAUUCUGCAAGUACGUUGGAAAUUAGCAUGUCAACUAAUACCAUUAAUGGUGCUAGUCUACUAACUCCCAGUUCUAUGGAUUUGGUAGGUACUACUGACUAUUUCAUUCUAAAUACGGCAACAUCCACUUCUAUAGGACAAAGUUCAUUAGCUUUACUAUCUGCCGAACAAUUCAUCACAACAGCAUCAGAUACUAGUACUUCUAGUACUUCUACUACUUUUAGUACUUCUAGUACAUCUAGUACAUCUAGUACAUCCAGUACAUCUAUUACAUUCAGCACCUUCAGUAUACCUAGUACGUCUAGUACACCUAUUACAUUCAGCACCUCCAGUAUACCUAGUACGUCUAGUACAUCUAUUACAUUCAGCACCUCCAGUACAUCUAUUACAUCCAGCACCACCAGCGCAUCUAGUACAUCCGGUAUGUCUAGUAACUUACUUACCAAUUAUGCUUCUAUUAGCUCUGUACCAGACGCCUUGGCAACUUCAAAUAGUAGUUCAAUCAUUCCAUCUUCUUCUAUGUCUAGCUAUACUUUUAAUGUAAUCCCCACAAGUAGCUUUUUUUCGUACAGCACAUCAAUUAUAUCAAAUAUUGUAACUUCAUAUAAAGAAUACACUACUGUAGUUUUUUCUAUACAAACAGUUACAAGCUCAUUACAGAGUCCUAAUGCUUCUACCACCACAAGUAGUAUAGACAAGCAAUUGAACACUUUAACUACCAAAUUGGUAAUAAGUACCAAAAUAAUAAUAAGUGCGGAAACUUCUGCAAUCACUACUAAUUCAAUCUCAUAUUCCAAUGCGUUGUCUUCCUCACAGAUUAAUUUUUCUUCUUCUACUUUCUCCUCUACCACCAAUUCAAUAGUAGCUACUGCUGGCUCAAAAUUAAAUAAGAAUACCAGCAAUAGUAACUCUUUCUGGUCAAACAGUGGUAAAGUGAUAGGUACCUUUGUUGUUGUUGGUUUAAUCGCGAUAUUACUCUUCUUGUUAUUAACGUAUUUUCUAAUUUAUAGACCUUACAAAAUCAAGAAAUCCGAAAAGAAUUUUGUUAAGAAGUACCAUACCUCUCUACAAGCUGAUUUGGAAAGCAAUGCUUCAAUAUUAACCUUUUUAAAGAAUCCAUUUAGUGACAUUCAUGACGAUAACGAUCUUGAUUGUUCUGAAUUUGGUAUUUAUGUCGAUGAUAGUAAUAAAAAUACCUUUAUUUAUACUGAUGAAAAAGAUGCAUUAACUUCAUACCAUCCAAGAUAUUCGACAGAAAAAACUAAUUCCUCUGUCAUUGUUGAGACCAAUCCAUUUCUAUCGCCGGAAGAAGAAAAAGAGAGAAGGGAGAAGGAGAGCCAGAAUGACCAUAAGGCUAUGCCCUCCAUGAAGGAAUUGCCGCGGGCUGCUAUUAAAAGAAAUAGUAUUCCUAUUAGCACUAGAAGUAAUAGCAGUAGCAAUAGAAAUAGCAAUCCUCCAUUAAUGGUAUACGACCAAAGAUUAGACCCUCAAUCUCUAUGGCAAUUGCAUAAGAACAAUGACAUUGGCAAUAUUGAUGCAAACAACACUGCCAUUGCUUCUGAUACUGUUACCCGCAACGAUUACACCAAUACUACUAUUACUACUACGAGUAAUAAUAAUAAUAAUAAUAAUAAUAAUAAUAAUAAUAAUAAUAGUAAUAGUAAUAGUAAUAGUAAUAGUAAUAGUAAUAGUAAUAGUAAUAGUAAUAGUAAUAUGAAUAAUGACGAUAGUGCAGUAUCUUUAGCAGAUUAUAUAGAUUAUUCUAGAAAGGUAUUAAGAGUAGUAAACGAAUAG